UUAUUUGUUGUUUUAUGGUAGUCACUCUGAAUUUUUCAUUUACAAGCUAGGUAGUAUCUUCAUCGUUAGAGUUCAGGCGACAGUAAUAGUGACUGCUACUUAAAAUGAGCUGUAAAGAGAGCAAAGUAAGCUCGUUUCGACGUUAGCUAGUAAGCUCUGUAGCGUUAGCUAGCAUCUCGUUUGUUUAUUAUUGCAGGGUGAAAUGAUCCACUUUCGGCUAAAGUACGAUUCGCUUCAUUUUAAUUUGUAUCAUAUUAUCAAAGUCCACAUCAUUAUAUUCACUGUCAUGUCAGAAACAAUGGACCAAAAAAUUCCUUAUGAUGACUACCAGCUCCCGGUGGUAUUCUUGCCUUCUUACGAGAACCCUCCAGCAUGGAUACCUCCACAGGAGCGCGUUCAUCACCCUGACUACAACAAUGAGCUCACCCAGUUCCUACCGCGCACCAUCGUAUUGAAGAAACCUCCGGGAGCACAGCUGGGCUUUAACAUCCGUGGGGGCAAGGCAUCACAGUUAGGAAUCUUUAUCUCCAAGGUGGUCCCAGACUCAGAUGCCCACAGAGCCGGGCUGCAAGAGGGAGACCAGGUUCUUUCUGUGAAUGAGGUUGAUUUCCAAGACAUAGAGCACUCAAGAGCUGUAGAGAUUCUGAAGACUGCACGAGAAAUACUGAUGAGGGUUCGCUUCUUUCCUUACAACUACCAAAGGCAGAAGGAGAGGACUGUACACUAGGUGGAAGCAAAGAGAGAGAGAGCCAAAGAGAGCCAGAGGGGGAGAGAGAGCGACCGUGAGAGAGAGAGAGAGAGAGGUGGACAGACACAUCACUGCACGUCAUUACCCUCCUCCCACAGACUCUGGCCUCCAUUCUGUCUCAGCUUCGGGAUGACUGAUGUAUGACUAACACACUCAUACACUGUCCUUCAUGUAAGGACAACAUGAACUUGAAACCGCUAUAAUCUGCUGUGAUCUGGUUUCUGCUCCGUCAGGAUGUAUUUACGGGAAGUCAUUCUCAUAGUUCCCUGGAAUUCAGAAAUGUAUUAACAGAAGCUUUGCAGACAUUUUACAUCAUAAAUUAUAGAACUGAUAAUAUUUAGAGACCCUGUGUAAUUUAAUGAAUCGACACUGACUUUAUUCACUUUUCAUCAAGCCCUAAUUAGAUGUUUCUACUUUAGUCCUGGAAAUAUAAUACUUCAAUCAAGUUCAGAGUAGCACUUGUGUGUCCUGUACACAUUUGAAUUGAUAACACUGACAUAAAGUAAGGAUAUAUACAUAUAUAUUCCUGCCUGUAACUGUACGUAAACUGGCAACUGAGUAUAUAUAAAUGUAAAAAAAUGUACAUAUGCCUUGGAUUUCAGUACAAACCAACACAUUUGGUACAAAGUCAGCAUGGCCUCAAUUUAAUAUAAGAGCAAAUGAUGUUGAGUGCACAACAUCUAGUAAAUUUUUAAAUAUCACUGAAUACACUGUACAUCAAUUUUUUUUUAAUUAAAUUGAACAAAUAGUUGUGUGGGAAACUAUAAGUUGUUUAAAAAUGUUUUAUUGACUGCUGAUGUGGACCCAGCAUUACUUUAAUGCUGUCAAGUAUUAAUUUUGUUCAUGCUUCAUACAUGAUAAGUUUUACAUACACUGCUCCUGGGCCGAGUGAUUUGGUAGUUAUUUAAUGUAUAAACUGUUCACUUGAGGUGCCAAACUGUUGACAAGUAUAACUUGUGACAUGCUGUUAAUUGCACAAUAACAGCACAUUGUGCCCAGUAUCUUAGUACAAUGGUAAAGCCUAUAAUGGGGUGUUUAUCUGUGUGGGAUGGAGAUCCAGAGGAUUGCAGGUUUUCAUUCCGACUGAAGUCUCUGCCAGGCACUUUCAUUAUUUCUGCCUCUUUGGUUCAACACAUGCUAAAUCAGUAAAAUUAGCAGAUACAACCUUUGGCUGUGAAGUAAAUCUGCACGCAUUCGAACAUUUACAGAAAACAGAUGAAUACCUCUGGAUCUUAGUGCAGUAUGAUAGAAUACAGUAAGUUCAUGUAUUUAAAAAUUUGCUUAGACCAAUGCAAAUACCAGCCUGUUGCAUCUCCACAAUGUCUUAUUCUUUUGUACACUAAUAAUUUUCUUCCGGUAUAACUUUUGGUUUUCCAUUAGAUGAACUUUUAUCUUAAAGAGCUAGAGCUUAUUAUAAAGUUUUUAAAAAAAAAUAAUUUUCAGAAAAGAACAUAACAUUGACAAGUAAAAGAAAUAAAAUGUUUUGAACUCUAGUAAUCUGUGUCUCUGUGUACUUGAAAAGCCUGACACAGAGCUGGAAAUGGACUGGUUUGCUCUGGUACAAGUAGGCAGACUUGUUCUGCUUUGUAAGUUAGUUUCUCUUGAAACUUACCUUAAGAAGAAUGCAGUUAAUGACAGUGAUUAUCAAAGCAUGUUAAACUAGAGAGGUUUACUUUAAAAAAAAAAAAAAAAAAAAAGUCAAGACCGUGUAACAUUGUUCAUAUCAAACAUCUUUAGCAGAAAAACCAAACAAGAUCAGCCUGUAGG